AGUGCGCCCCAGGGGUGCAUUGAAAAGAGCGUAUGUGUAUUGUUUGUCUGGUCGCUCAAUAAAGUCGAGGAACGGAAAAACACUCUGCGAUCCAGCGAACCGCUUCUACGAUGCAUACAGAGUGCGAGGCUCCAGGAAUUUGAUAUCAGUAGCGAGUCCGCUUUGUAGACUAUUUUCAUUAGUAUCAAAAAUGGAAGCAAUACUAGAGUGAAAGGCGGAUUUCGACUACCAUGCCCAUGUCACUGCAAGCCUCCUCGGUUCCACCCACGGCUGCUGUGCCUGCCACUUUGUCGGUCAGUGCAUCCGACACUCAGAUGCUGCGUCCUCAGACUCUGGCUGGCCCCGAGCGGGAGCCUAUCGAGUUUAACAUCAACCUGGUGGGAGCUCCUCCCGAAGUGGAGCAGCUGGUGGAACAGAUCAAGAGCGUGGCCGAGCAGUUCCUCUACCACUGGAAGAGCUUUCCCAUUGUUUUGCCUCAGGCGCUGGCAAGCAGUAGUCUGAAUUUGACGGCGAAGAACGCGACUAAUAGCGUGAGCAGUCGCAAUACGCGUCCCUUUAAUUUGCGCGACCUCUUUAUAGCGCCUCCCUUUGACGAGCUGGACGCCGUGGCUUCUGACGGGAGUGGAGAGCCCCGCCGGCUGACGAGCGCCCAGCUGAAGACUCUGCGGGAAACUGGCUUGCAAAAGGAUAAAUAUGGAAAGCCGAAGAAAUUAACUUUGGAACAAUUGGAAACCAUACGUAAAAAUGGCGAGUUCGAUGUGCCCAGUCUUCAUUUUCCUGGUCAGGUGCACAAGUGGCGUCUUUCCCAACUACUUCAAAAGGGCAAGUUGCGGGCACAAGACUCCUUUCUGAGCGAUCUAGCCCUGGCUGCCCGGUUCGUGGUGGUAACUGCCCGAGCUCGCAUCCUCUCCCACUUCUUUUCGGUAGAACAGGCGAUGCACGGCUUGUUGGAAGCGUUCACCAGACUUGCAGACAUGUUCAUUGGUGUACCGGCUCUUUUGGCCCACAACCUGGACUAUAAGAUUAAGGAGGAGCGCUGCCGAUUUCUCAUAGCCGAGUUGGUUUGUCGGCCCGAGUACGAGGACUGCUUACACGGUCUGUGCUCCUAUGUCCGGAAGAUGCUGCGUCGCGCUACGAUGGAAAAAUUCGACUUUAACAGCUGCGAGGUCAGCCAACCUGUGCCGUACCUAUUCCUUACGCCCAAAGGACAGGAGAUCGACUUGCGCCUUUUCUGCCGCGACAUUAUGCGCAAGGCACUUCCAAUUCUUAUUGGCAUUCUGGAGAGAGAGACGCGAGGCUGGUUCCUGCAUUUCCGCGAGCGUUUGAUUGCCGAGCUGCGUGCCAAGAAGUUAAACGACAAGGAGAUCGAAGAAGAGGUGAACGAAGCUGUUAUGAAGGAGUAUCUACAACGCGUCUAUAGCUCCAUCGUCUCCAAUGCAAAGCUGGCGGAGCUGGGCGACGGAGUGCCGGAACUUCUCGUGCAACAGGCCCAGUCGGUGGUAAUUAUGUACAAGGCUGUAGACAAGGUGGAACAGAAUAUCAAGCGUAUUCGUGAGGACCAUAAGAAGUGUCUGGCCAAUGACCAUUCCGUGCUGUCGCGGGUUGCCCCUUGGUUGCGCUCCAAGCUACGCCACGCUGAAGAGAAUCGGCUCCACAAGAGCGCCUGGUCAGCCCACGAGGAAGCGCUGAAAAUGUGCACCCAACAUAACCUGCACCAAACAGCAUACUUCCUGUCCCGUGACCUAAUCUUCAUGAAGGAACGCGAGCCAGUACUCCUUAAAGAGCUGAAGAACGCUAAGACUCCUACACGCAGCUUUCAAUGGGCGUGUCGCAUUUGGUCGCCGCAGUCGUGGAUCAUCCGUCGCAACUUCCAGGGCCAGUCUGACGUGAUUCCCACUGUGAUUAGCCAAUAUGCCACAAGCAUUGUUACUCCCCGCUCGGAUCCUAGCCAGCCGGUGUUUCUGGUGGAAAAGGAGAUACUGCGCACAACGAGCACACGCUGGCCUUUCUGGCGCCUGCUAAACAUGAUACAGCGUAUAUGGUGCUGGUCUUGGAAUAUGAUGUUCCUGCUUGGCAUACUAGUUCCGUGGUGCAGUCCACUCGGAUUGCGCGCCCUGUGCUGUGUGAAACCUUUUAUGCCCGACCUUGAGCUAUCGCAGAUCAACGGCACACUGUUCCCAAGGAAGACGAGCAUAACUCAGACUCUGGCGUCACGUCUAAUCGAAUUGUGGCGUCAUAUAUCAAAAUCACGAACGCACUUCGAGACAGAACCUGAUACGGGCUUUAUUGGAAAGGGACUGACAAGAAAUCUGAAUCGAACUUGGAACUAUUUUGUAAAAGGAUUCUUGGGAACGAUGGUCAUUUUAUUCGCCUUUCCCCUUCUAUGUUUGGCCGCAAGUUUGCUGAGCAUUAUUCUGGCUGUGACUGCGCCUCUAUGGAUUCCGCUGUUUGUACUACUACUCCACAUCUACAUGAUCCUAAUAUAUGAUUUAGAUGCGCCUGAUAAUAUGAAGAAUCGAUACUGCAUCCUAUUGGAAGCCAUAGUUUGGAAUCUUCUGAUACAGGGGUUGCUGCAGCCGGUGGCGGCGGUUCUAAUGGCCACGGUGAUCUGUCCAUUGGCAGCAGGAGUCGUUUUAAUAGUUGGAGUCAUUCGAUAUUCCCUACGAUUGGUGUGGGACUCUCUUACCUACCAUCUGUUUAUCAAGAAGUGUGGACGUGUACCGGCCUCAGAUAGCAUUGCUGUAAAACGAAUUGCUGGACCUGGACUGGCAUUAGACUAUUAUUUUAUAAUCAGACCAGAGCAGGCUUUGGCUGCACUGGAGGCUAAAAUGGAACUGGACGAGUUGCAGGCCUACCAGCAUGCCACGGAGCGAGUGGUUCUGCAGCCACAACAGGAUUUCCUCCAGUUUGUUGAGGCUUGCUUUGGGCCUUUUUCAGCGCAGAUCAGUAAAACUGGUCCGUACUUAUCGCUGGAUCGCGAAGCGCAAGAUCUGAUGAGUACGCUACACGAGAAAUUAGAGAAGCGACGAAGAGAGUUGCAGACCGCAUUGACUACCCAAGUCAAAUCGCGCAUAAAGUUAAAUACCAAAGAAUUGAAGAUUGCUAUACAACUGGCCGCCCAUAUUUUAGAGAAAUAUUAUCCGUCUCAUGUCAUCGGCAGACUGUCCAUUAGCGAAGAGGAAUUCUGGGAUAAUAAAGGUCUCACGGUAAACGACUGGCCGGGACUAGCUGGUCUUAUAUACACCGAUAUAUUUAGUCUAGAUUUUUUAACGCCAUUGACUGAACAUGAUACACAUUUUAAACUAGAACCACAUGCCUCGCUCGACCUGAUGCGAUAUACUGAGAUGGUGAAGAAUGCAAACGAUGUAAUUGGUUCGAAGGGCCUAGAUCUGCUCGGCAAUGUAUAUGCGCCGCGUGGCAAUGUACAGGUGCAUCUGCCCUUCCUAGAAGUGACUGCAUUCAAUCCACGCUCCCGCAUAACGCUCACUUUCCGCAAGCCCGAAAAAAGGGAUAUGUCUGUGGGAUUGACCACCCCGAGGGUGCGUGCCCACCGUGCCCAGCAUGUGCCGAAGACUUUACAAGAUGCUCAGAAGUCAUGGCGACCGUGGAAGCAGCAAUGCGGGGAGAAUAGCGUUACGGAAAAGCUGCUCAUUCCGUUGCCAGUCCCCCAUCCCGUUCACAUUGCUAUUGCCAUUUACAAUCGCGACACCGAACAGCCUAUCCCCUUGGACUCGGAGUUGGUUUGGGAAAUCCUAAAAUCCAUAGAAGACUGCCAAGGCGGCGAUGCCAUGGCUGUCCAGGUUGGGGCGCGGUAUCGAGGAGCGAUCAUUGAAUCGAGCAAUGAUUCCCUGGAUAGCAGCAGCAGCAUUGGCAGUACUCGCGACUCUGGCUCAGGUUCAGUUUCGGGCUCUGCGUUGGGCAACGGCACAGAAACUUUACCAUGCGGCAACCGUGAGGUCUGCACCCAGGUUAAGGUAGAUACCGAACCAGCUGCAAGCUCUUCUGGUUUCCAUUGGACUCUAAGCAAUUGGGGCGCUGCGCAAACGGCACGACGCCGAACCAACUCGAAUGUGCGCGUGGACUUGGCCAGUCCCGAAGAUAUAUCCUUGGAUACGGAUAGUUCCCGUGCCGUUUUUAAUAACGCGUACGGCACAACUGUCUAAGAGACUUCAUUUGUUUGGGCACACAAGAAUAUAUAAACCAUGUCGAUUUUGCGUGGCUGCUCGCUGUUAAUACGUUUUAUCGAAUGAAAUUUCGAAUAUGGUCUUAGUAUGCGAUGUUUUAAAAAGGGAUCCGAUUGUUCACAAAAGGAGUUCGAACUUAAGCACUUGUGAACAAAUUCCAGGGAACAAUCGUAAAUACUUAAAAUGUUAUCCUCUUCUCAAUAUAAAAUCCAGGGUAGCCGCGCUAGCUAAAGUGUAAUAAGAACAAAUUUAUCUAAGUAUAUUUACGGUUUAAGAUAUACAUAUUUAAUUCGGUAAUCUACACCGAAUGGCAAGUCGAAAAGCAAAAAAUUCAAUCUAGUCGCAAGCAAAUUUUAUGCAGCAAUCUAAUUCGUUUUCUUAUGCAACUAUGGGCAUAUACUAAUCGAAGCUUCAUGACCAUUUUCCACCCGAGUUUAGUUUAUUGCGAUAAUCGUUAUAAAAGAAAAUACAGAAAAAUACUUAUUAAUUAGGUAUACAACAUAAGCCAUGAGAUUUUUCUUUGUACCUAACCAACAACACACUUAAGGCCACGAUUUGUACCACGAGCAGUUAAACAAAUAUUGUUGAUUAAUAACUAAUUUAUUUAUAUAAACGCAACCUAAAAGAAUACUAAUUUAUCGUCUCCAAUACUUAUUCUUCCAAAAGACGAAACGCAAAAUAUUAAUAAAAAUGCGUAGAAUUGCAGUGUUGCAAGAACACAUCAAUCGAAAGCAUAGAUAACAGAAUUCAAAAAUUUCAGCGUAAAGAACUUUUACAAAAAUAUAAUAGACCAUGUAUAAAACAUUUUUACAUUUAUACAUACAUGUAUUUAGAUCACAUAAUCGUAAAAUAAAACUAUUAAUGCAUUUGUAUUGAACAUUUUCUAACCUGGCGUAACAUUCUAAAUACCAAAUUGACUCCAUCCCCAGAGCAACAUGCCCUCCAAGUAUUUCACAUACAGAAUUAUGAAAAAAAUUUGUUCAACUGCCACAAAUCCAGGUAUUACUUCUUUAAUCCACGCACUACUCACAAUCAGUUCAGCAUUUUAUGUCUUCGGUCGCUUCCAGUGUUAUGUUCAAGCCAUUCAACUGAUUUUGUAAUCUUUAUAUAAUUUAAAUGUCAAAAUGCAAACACCAGCAAUGGAAUGAAUCUCUACAUACAAAUAUACAAACAUUUACAUACAUAUGUAGUUAUACAAAUUAAACGAUGGAAACCCCAAAAACGGUAAAUCUCAUGAAAAUGCAUUCAACAAUUUUAUGUAAAAUGUUUCUUAAUAUUAAUGAAAAAUGUAUCAAUAAAUUAUGAAUGAAUGUGUGCUCGCAACUUUA